AUGGCCACCGAGAACAACACCAGCUCCACCACGGUCAUCAUUUCAGGCAAGAACGUCUUCCACGAAGGAAGCCUCAACGCCAAGCUGAAGGUGUUGAAUGCAGAGACCUGUGUAGUCAUCACCGACUACGAAGACGUCCGCGGAUAUCUGAGUGCGGAUGGUGAGACAAUCGACUGGGAAGAUGGGGACUGCUGGCGGAGGGUCGCCAGUAGCCAGGAUGCUAUGGGAGGCUACGGUGGACAUCAGUCGGCUGGGAGUUGCAAGAUGCAAGAGCGACCGAAGGACCAAAGGUAUCAGGAGGCCAGCAACGUUUCCGCAGUCGAUGCCCUGCUCCAGCGCGAUGUCCAAGUUCCUUGA